GCAGCUUCCCGCAGCAGCAGUCUCUCGCUGUCUCUUCCCUUUCUUUUCGAGCUCGCUCUCUCCUCUGUAUCCAUAAAGUUUUGUAUCAAGCAUCCCUCGAAUCCAUCAUGAACCACGGAUCUGUCGCAAUUGCCAUUGUCCAACACCAAGUCGUCGUUGUCCAAGCCGCACGCGAUCACAGCUGCCGCGAUAACUGGCUCGACGUAUACACCUACACGCCGUUUGGCGACCACCUUUUCUUGGCAUCUUGUGUCCCGCGGGCGCGCAUUGCACCUUCGGACAUCCUCGCUGUCUUCCCCUUCCCUUCGGAGACAAUCGACAUGAUUGAGUUGCCCGACAAGGCCUACGAAGAUUACUUGGCGCUUAGUGCCAAACACCAGAAGCAGAAGGAAUCCCUGUGGAAGUCGCUCAAGACCAGGCUCCGUUAGAUGCUCUCCCCAUAUUCCUAAUCUCAUGCGACUAUAUGCUUGUUCUUCUCACCCACGAUACAUGCCCUUUUCAUAGACGACCUUUACGACGCGUUAGAGACGCGCAAAUUUCUGUACCGCGUCCCGAAUUUCUUCGGAUUGGUAGAUACCCC